CCUAAUUUUUGGAUUGAAAAACAUUCACAAAAGGUCAAAAUCAAGAAGGGUCACAAUCCCAAGUCAUAACGACGCCGUUCGGAACUCAAAAGUUUUUACGACGCAAUGGCGCGCCCAAUUCAUCCCUGACAUAGCCGUGACACCAACCCAUUUCCAAGAAGAGAGAAAUCCUCACUAAUCACUAUCCACUGAGUUACACUGAGAAGGAGCACUCGUUCUAGCUUCAAUGGCGGACAAUGAAGAAGAUAGUCGCCUAUCUGCUGCGGUAAUGGCGGCGUCGAGUUCAUCUUCACAGACACAAGCUUUACUGCCUCAUUCUACCAAGCCUUUCUUUGUAUGGAGGGAAUUCUUAUGGGGAGCUCUUGCUGGAGGGUUUGGCGAAGGAAUCAUGCACCCAAUUGAUACUGUGAAGACAAGAAUUCAAAGUCAAGUUAUUAUGAGUGGCUCUCAGCACCAAAAAACUGUGUUACAGAUGAUUAGAACUGUAUGGACUUCUGAUGGAAUAAGAGGUUUCUAUAGAGGAUUUGCCCCUGGAGUUACUGGCUCUCUUGCAACUGGUGCAACUUAUUUUGGUUUCAUUGAGUCUACUAAAAAGUGGAUUGAAAAAUCACACCCUGGUCUUGGAGGUCAUUGGGUCCACUUCCUUGCAGGAGGCAUGGGGGAAACACUUGGCUCCUUUGUAUAUGUUCCAUGUGAAGUAAUAAAGCAACGUAUGCAGAUUCAGGGUACAAGUAAUUCCUGGAAUAUUAUGACUUCAAAAGCUCAGAGCGGUCAGGUUCCUGGAGCGCAGAUGUACGGUUAUUAUAAUGGAAUGUUUCAUGCUGGCCGUUCAAUAUGGAAGGGACAAGGGCCGAAGGGUUUAUAUGCUGGGUAUUGGUCUACAUUAGCUAGAGAUGUGCCCUUUGCUGGUCUGAUGGUAAUGUUCUAUGAAAUACUGAAAGAUUUGACAGAUUAUGGGAUGCAGAAGUGGAUUUUUGAUGCAGACUACCGAAUCAGCAGUAGUCUAGAGGGAUUGGUGUUAGGAGGGGUAGCUGGAGGUCUCAGUGCUUAUGUUACGACUCCACUAGAUGUCAUUAAGACAAGAUUGCAAGUCCAGGGGCCUGAUGCAAGGUACAAAGGGUGGUUCCAUGCCAUCACUAGGACGUGGAUGAUUGAAGGCACAGAAGGAGCAUUCAGAGGUAGCAUCCCAAGAGUCGUAUGGUAUGUCCCAGCCUCUGCUCUCACAUUCAUGGCUGUAGAAUUCCUCAGAGAAAAGUACCAUAGAGAGUUCGACAUCGACAGGUUAAUUGUCAGAAAAUGAACACAAAAUUGCCAGCAUCUCAAAAAUGGAGAAGGAAGGGUCUUAAAAUGAAAUGGCUGAGGAAUACUUAAGAAACUCAAUUUUCCCCUGAUAGAGGAAACCUAGCUAUGUGGUCACAUGCAAGUCAUGUGAGUAUUGAGUUAGUUAACAGUUAGUUAAUCUGUUAGAAAAAUUGUUGAGUUAGUUAGUUAUAGCUUUUGGCGGGAAAAUCAUUCAUUCUGUUUACUCAUUGCUUGUAAUAGAUAUAUAGAUAUAAUGUUGUAAUAUGAAGCAACAAUAAUAAUACAAUCAUCAAUU